UUAAGAAGAAGAGCGGGUGUGUCGCGAGUAGCUAUGGAAACUUAACGCUGAGGAAACAGGCAUCUCUGUUCCAAGCAGUUUAGAAGAAGCUGUAAAGCUGACAGGCGACCUGGGAGAAAGGAGAUGAGGUUUUUGGAUGCUGAAGUUCAGGUGGGACAGGGUAGCAGUAACUCUGCGAGAAGAACUGUCUGAUUAUUGUCACAGGUGUCUCCUGCUGUUAUACAUCUGCUUCGGGACCACUGGGAAAUGAUGGACAUCAGGUGAGAAGAUCCUGAGAUUGUGCAGCGGGAACAGGGAAAAGUAGCAUGAUGCCAGCAAUGAGGGGACUGCUUGCUCCACAGAACACCUUCCUAGAUACCAUAGCGACUAGGUUUGAUGGAACACACAGCAACUUUGUCCUUGGCAAUGCCCAGCUGCCUCACUCUUACCCUGUGGUGUAUUGCUCAGAUGGGUUUUGUGAGCUCACUGGCUUUACCCGUGCAGAGGUCAUGCAGAGGUCGUGCACUUGCACCUUUUUGUAUGGUGCUGACACCGGGGAGCAGAUCCAACAGUGUAUCCAGAAAGCACUGAAUGAUAAACAAGAGCUUAAGGCUGAAUUACUGCUUUACAGGAAAAAUGGCUCACAAUUCUGGUGCUUGUUGGAUGUUGUUCCCAUCAAAAAUGAGAAAGGGGAGGUGGUUCUGUUUCUAGUCUCAUAUAAAGACAUCACAGAUGCAAAGUCCCGGGCUGGAACAGAGAGCUGGAAAGAGACAGGUUCAAGGAGGGGAGAGCGACAUACUCGUGCUACAGGAAAAGGUUUUAACGCCAAUCGUAGGCGAAGCCGUGCUGUGCUUUACCACCUCUCAGGCCAUCUACAGAGACCAAAUAAGGCCAAAGCUAAACUUGGAAAGGGUGUUUUUGGCGAGAUGCCCCGGGUUCCGGAAUAUAAAGUUGUCUCUAUGCGUAAAUCUCCUUUCAUACUCCUGCAUUAUGGCCAUUUUAAGGCCUGCUGGGACUGUCUGAUCCUUCUUGCCACCCUCUAUGUAGCAGUAACCGUCCCUUACAGUGUCUGCUUAAGUGCCGGGAAAGAGGAAGUUACCCAAAGCCCACGCAGCCCACCCAGUGCGUGUGAUCUUGCUGUGGAAAUCCUCUUCAUACUAGAUAUCAUUUUGAAUUUUCGUACAACAUUUGUUAGUCAGUCUGGACAGGUGGUAUUCUCUUCACGUCUCAUCGUCCUCCAUUACAUCAGGACAUGGUUCCUGUUGGAUCUUCUGGCUGCCCUCCCUGUGGAUCUGCUGUACAGCUUUAAAGUUAAUAUAUAUUUUGCAGCUCACCUUCUAAAGACUGUACGCCUACUGCGUCUGCUGCGCCUCCUCCCACGAUUGGACUGGUAUUCCCAGUACAGUGCGGUCGUCCUCAGCUUCCUGAUGGUCGUCUUUGCUCUCCUAGCGCACUGGGUUGCCUGUAUCUGGUAUUUCAUUGGUCAGCGAGAAAUUGAAAGUAGUCAGUCAGAAGUGCCAGAGAUUGGUUGGCUUCAAGAGUUGGCACGGCGUUUGGAAACACCUUAUUACAUAGGAAGAAAAAACAUCACCCAACACUUGACCACUCAGAACAAUUACAGUGAGGAUACCGCCAAUGAGACAAGCCUGGUGUUACUAGGAGGACCCUCCCCCAGAAGCUCCUAUAUCACUUCCUUGUACUUUGCACUCAGCAGUCUGACCAGUGUUGGCUUUGGGAAUGUAUCGGCUAACACAGACACAGAAAAGAUCUUCUCCAUCUGUAUCAUGCUAAUUGGAGCAUUGAUGCACGCUCUGGUGUUUGGAAAUGUGACAGCAAUUAUACAGCGCCUGUAUGCAAGAAGAUUCCUAUAUCACAGCCGCACUCGGGAUCUACGGGAUUACAUCCGUAUCCAUGGGAUCCCCAAGCCUCUAAAACAGCGUAUGUUAGAGUAUGUCCAGACUACGUGGGCAGUGAACAAUGGUAUUGAUACCAAUGAGCUGUUACACAGUCUUCCAGAUGAACUACGGGCAGACAUUGCUAUGCACCUCAACAAGGAGCUGCUGCAAAUGCCUCUGUUCACCCUAGCAAGCCGUGGCUGCCUGCGCUCUCUGUCCCUGAACAUCAGACCAUCAUUCUGUACGCCUGGGGAGUAUCUUAUUCGACAGGGGGAUGCGCUGGAAGCCCUAUACUGUGUGUGCUCAGGAUCCAUGGAAGUUCUCAAGGAUGGAGUCGUGUUAGCCAUACUAGGAAAAGGUGACCUGAUUGGCUGUGAGGUCUCUUUUGAGGACACUGUGAUUAAAACAAAUGCGGACGUCAAAGGCCUGACAUACUGUGACCUACAGGGCAUCAGUCUGAAGGGACUACGUGACACACUGUCACUUUACCCAGAAUAUGCACAUAAAUUCACAAGUCAAAUCACACAGCAGCUCAGUUACAACUUGGGAGACAGCAGAUGUGAGCCUGAGCCUCUUGGGAAAGAAGAUCCAUCAGAUCACCUCUCCCCAAAUAUAAAUGCCUCUUUACUUACUCCAAAGACAUCUCCACGUCUGCACCUCUCCCCAUCUCGGUUUUCCAACUACAGUCCUCAAACAAGGUCGAGGGAAGUGACGCCCAAGCACACACCUCAGAGGGUACGCACUGCUGACCAACAGAUACCCCUGCCCUGCACCAGACCAGCAGAUCUAAGCCCUAGGGUUGUAGAUGGCAUAGAAGAAACAACUGGUUUAGCCCAGCAGAAGUUCACAUUUUCCAACUGCAGUACACUUCCAAAUGCUCCAGAUCAUAUGCUUCUGACAUCAGAGCCAAGAGCUACUGAAAGCAUGGACCGCCUCAGUCAGGCGGUGUCUGAUCUAUCGUGCCAAGUGCAGGAGCUGCGGGAAGGCCUGCAGUCACUCAGCCAUGCGGUUCAGUUAUCCCUUAUGCCGUGCAGCCCCUCAUCCUGCUGCCAUGGCGACUUCCAUACACACUGUGGGAGCAGUGUAAACUCUCCAGGGGAGGCAACAAGUACAUGUUCCUCAAUCUUUCAUCCUCCAAGAGUAGAAAAAGCUUCUCAGGUCUGCUACAUACACAAUGCCUCCCCAGCCUGCUCUGACGGACAUUUGUCUUGGCUGUGGGCUCCCCCUACUCCUCUCUGGCUGCAUUGCACAGGAUUUGAACAAAGAGACUUCAGCCAGCCCGGUUCUUCCACAACUCCUACAGAAGAGAAUCCUAGUACUACGGACGCUCACUCUGUAGAAAUGCACUUUAUCCUUCCACACAGAGGAAGCAACACAGAGCCAGAAUGCUGGUCAGGAGUGGAAGGAACGGGGGUGUAAACAUGCAGCAGAUCAGUAUUAGACUGUCAGUAAGGAACAAGGGUGGUGAUUCCGAGUUGUUCGCUCGCUAGCAGUUUUUAGGAGCCGUGCAAACGCUAUGCCACCUCCCACUGGGAGUGUAUUUUAGCUUAGCAGAAGUGCGAACGAAAGGAACGCAGAUCGGCGGCAAAGUAUUUUUGUGCAGUUUUAGAGUAGCUCAAUACCUACUCUGCACUUGCGAUGACUUCAGACUGUUCAGUUCCUGUUUUGAAGUCACAAACACGCCCUGCACUCGCCUAGCCACGCCUGCGUUUUUCCUGGCACGCCUGCGUUUUUUCGAACACUCCCUGAAAACGGUCAGUUGACACCCAGAAACGCCCACUUCAUGCCAAUCACUCUGCGGCAAGCAGUGCGACUGAAAAGCUUCGCUAGACCCUGUGUGAAACUACAUUGUUCGUUGUAUUAGUACGUCGCGUGUGCGCAUUGCGCCGCAUACGCAUGCGCAGAAGUGCCAUUUUCUUUCUUCAUCCCUGCACAGCGAACGAAUGCAGCUAGCGAUCAACUCGGAAUGACCACCAAGGUUGUUUGUCUAAGGCAGUGGUUCUCAAACUCGGUCCUCAGGACCCCACACAGUGCAUGUUUUGCAGGUAACCCAGCAGGUGCACAGGUGUAUUAAUUACUCACUGACACAUUUUAAAAGGUCCACAGGUGGAGCUAAUUAUUUCACUUGUGAUUGUGAGGAGACCUGCAAAACAUGCACUGUGUGGGGUCCUGAGGACUGAGUUUGAAAACCUGUGGUCUUAAGGCAGUGUUUCCCAACCUCAGUCCUCAAGGCACACUAACAGUCCUGGUUUUAGUGAUAUCCAGGCUUGAACACAGGUGACUUAAUUAGUACCUCAGUUAUUUUGAUUUAACCAUCUGUGCUGAAGCCUGGAUAUCACUAAAACCUGCACUGUUGGGGUGCCUUGAGGACCGUGGUUGGGAAUGCCUGUCUUAAGGCAUAGGUCUGCAAACUCGAUCCUCAUUACCCCACACAGUGCAUGUUUUGCAGGUAACCCAGCAGGUGCACAGGUGUAUUAAUUACUCACAGACUCAUUUUAAAAGUUCCGCAGGUGGAGUUAAUUAUUUCACUUGUGAUUAUGUGAGGAGACCUGCAAAACAUGCACUGUGUGGGGUAAUGAGGACCAAGUUUGCAGACCUAUGGUCUA